AUGAACUUGUUCCCUUGCUCGUUCACUCGAGAGGAAACCCAGAAUUUUUUUACAGGAAGAGAAAUGAGGAAUUCAAUAAAUUUACGCCCAGCACUUCAUAUAAGCAAAGUGAGGAAAACACAGAUACAUAUUCAAGCCUUGUUGUGUAUAAUUAUGCCGACCACGCUUGCAUGGAUGGAACGAAUACUAUCCCGCAAACAGGAGUUGGAUGAUCAGAUUGAUGACAUGGUUGAAGUGGACAAAAUUUCGUUCACAAGUUUCGCAAGCUCUGACGAUGGCGACCUUCGAAUGUCUGUCCAGCAAAGCCCUAUACCAUCUACAUUCUCUGACUUCAAAACGGCUUCCGAGCUUUCUCUUCACUGCCAACACAGGUCUAGAUCCAGUUCGGAAAGUGAAUUAACGACAAACAGCCCAUCUUGUUCAAGAGUCGAUACGUCUUGUCCGAUUCCAACACCAUCUUCCUCUACCGUGAAUCAAGAUACCAUAUCUGGAUCGCUGCCAAAAACGUUUCCAACUCCUUCGUCGUUCUGCAUAGAUCACGGGUGGAUAAACAAUCUCUAUGUGACCAACGAAUUGCCGCCAUCCAUGGAAAUUGUUCCUCAAGAGCCGUAUUGGAAAGAAAUGGAACAGGAGUUUAUUGCUCUUCGUCAGCGGGAUGCGAACAUAUCGAAAGAUCUGGAAGAGUCGAAUAUGUACAUGUAUUCACUUCGCCUUUCACUGGCCGCAAUAGAGGAGGCGCGAUGGUUGAACGACGUAUCGGAAGACCCUGAGUUAUCUCGUUUAGUUCAUGAGACUGAUUCGAAAUUUCCCCUUGCUGUGCAUCGUAUUCCCAAAAGCAUGAGUACCGAUCGAUCUUCUGCUGAGAACCUGAAGGAAGCGAGUGGUGAUUGUUCUCCUGAUAGAUUCUGCCCGCCGUUUGAGAUCAAGGAUGAUGAAACUGUUAGACCGUCAAUCUUCAGGAGUAUGAGAAGGCCAAACAGACGUCAUCGGCUUACUCGCGGUACGGUCGGUGGUUCGCCCUCCAGGAAACCUGAGGUUACAUGGAGCGAAGUAGCUUCUGCAGUUCUGGAGAGCUUCACAAGUAGAGAAACCUUACGUGACGAGCGAGUUUCUCAUUGGAUGGAUGACCUUGUUCGAAACACGGACAGGCUUCUAUCGUUACCCACUACCUCACAGAGUAUCAGCGAGGAGGAGCACGGACGCAGUUCGUCGCGAUCUACUGCUGAACCGGAAUGGACUCCUCCUCAAGAAUCUUGGAUAUAUACGCUCUGGAAGGGCGAAAGCGUAAAGGUACUACUUGAAGCUCAGAAUUAUCGAUGUUUUGGAUGCGGAAUCAGAGUGGAAAAAGAGUAUAUAAAACGGGUCAAAUACUGUGAUUACUAUGGGAAGGUUUUCUGUCAGUGCUGCCACCAAGGUUCAAAAUCAAUAAUACCAGCUAGAAUAUUACAUACGUGGAACUUCAAUGAAUUCCCUGUUUGUGAUCUUGCCUUACAUUUUUUACUAGAAGUUCGUGAUGUGCCUUCAAUUCAUGUAAACGUUGUAGCUCCACAAAUGGUUGAAAAAAUACGGGUUCUCAAACAUGUGAUUGUAUUACGAGAGAAGCUUUCAUAUAUGUGGGAUUUUGUGAAAGAAUGCCCUGAUGCUGAGAAUACUGAGACAAAGAUUGGGCAUCUUCGAACACUGUUCACUUCUAUGGAACAGCACUUACUGCAUUCGCAGGACCUAUUUUCUCUGUCGGAUCUUGUACGUGUACAUAAUAAGGAUAUGAGUUCACAUCUUGAACCAAUAGCCCAUUAUGCUAAAUGCCACAUCGAAUCUUGUGAGCACUGUCGACAGUUCGCUGCAACUUGCGUCUAUUGCGGAGACGACAAUGAGCUACUGUUUUCCUUCCAAAUGGAAAAAGUUCAUAAGUAUUUUGAUGUAAUGAGUUCAUCCUCGAAGUCGCCAUCUGUUCCCUCGGACAAAUCGAAACCGAGUGAGGGUUUCCAGGGAGAAACACAGCAUUGCAAAAAAGAAGAUCACGUCGGGAUCGAACACUCCGGUAUCAAGUAGCAAUGUUGACGUAACGGAGCUCAUGAAGGCGUUGAGGGUGGAUAUCUGAUACCCGCUCACCCCAACAAGGCUCCCACUUUCGAGGAGUCCGACUACUAUCUCAAACAUCAGAAUCCUUCCAAUGGCAUUCUAGAUUGAUCUGACAACAUCGAUGGAGUCUUUGGCUAUGGCGCAAUUGAAGCCUCGCCAUCGUCGUCGUAUGCAGCGUCAAAGAUCGCGGUGGAAGUCUAUUCGAUGGUUCUUUUAUGUGAUAUUUUGGAUAGUAGCUGUAUUGUACUUUAUAGCGCUGAUCAAUAG